AAAACACGUAAGGUGACUCAGUAGCGCUUAUUUUGUUCUCAACUUUUGCGAGAGAGCCAUCUAGUGUCACGCGUGUCAAACUCGCGCGUGUGGACAGUGUAACCGUGUAGUGUUUUUAAAAUCCUAGUUAUUUUAUAAUGCCUGGACGUCCUAUUUGGCAGUGCGCUGGUAAACGUGAACCAGAAAAAGAACAAGAGGCACAGAGAUGGAUUGAAGCAGUUAUAGGAGAGAAGUUCCCAGCGGACCUACCUUAUGAACUGGCUCUUAGGAAUGGCAUCAUCCUUUGCAAGUUAAUGAACAGACUACAACCGGGCAUCAUCUCCAAAGUUAAUAUUUCCGGUGGAGAUUACAAGUUUAUGGAUAAUAUAAGCCAAUUUCAAAAAGCUUGCAUCAAAUAUGGAGUUCCAGACGUCGAUUUAUUCCAAACUACUGACCUUUGGGACCAAAAGAAUAUAGCUCUCGUGACACAGACCAUAUUUGCUCUCGGCAGAACGACAUACAAACACCCAGAAUGGCGGGGUCCCUAUCUUGGACCCAAGCCCGCUGAGGAAAACCGACGCGAAUUCAGUGAAGAUGUCCUUCGUGCUGGAGAGGCUGUUAUCGGUCUUCAAGCUGGUACAAACAAAAUGGCGUCACAAUCUGGACAAAACUUUGGCGCCUCACGCAAAAUUAUUCUCGGCAAAUGAAGUGCUAGAAGAAACUUGAAGAUAUUAGCUUGCGUUUCUUUAGGCUUAACUAUUGUAUAAUAAAUUCUAGUAUAUAUUUUUAAAAUUGUAACGAACAUUGACCAAAGAUUAUUUACUUUGUGUAUAGAAAUAAAAAAAAAAAAACAUAUUCAGACAUUGUAACCAAUUAAGUAAUAUUGUUAACAUUCAGAUAUUAGUUACUACUCAAAAGAUUAACUUUAAUAUUUAAAUUCAAGAGAAUUCUACCAUGAAUUUGAUAAGUACAAGUUAAAAUCAGCUAAGUUUUUUUAAAUAUAUAUCUUUUUAAAGAAUAGAUUCUUAUCGGUUUUUUUAUUUUUUCAUUUAUUGUUCAUAACUUAUUACACUUUAAAGUUUUUGAGUAUAUUGUCAAAUACCUAUGUAUCAAACAAAUAAACAUUUAUGAUAUUUUA